AAAUGACUAGUAGGGCGCGUUUUUAUGUAAGAAUCUCUUCUUGAGAAAAGAGAAAUUACUCAAAUACAUACUCAGUCUUAUGGCUGAAUUGACAAAAUUACAAGAGCACGACGGUGAAUUACCGUGAUUGAUUUGCCGACAGGGCAGGCCCAAAAGAUGCGGCGAUUUAUUAAAAAGGAAAGAACGCGGAAAGUAGAUCGAUGUGGCACAGUCCUCUUCCGCGCUUGUGUCUGCGAGUGUGUUAGUUAGUACACAAUGAGACGAUAGAGCAAAACAUUUUGAUUGCAAUUGGAAUGGCUUUCAUUUCCAUUCCCUCAUUCUCUUUCAAAACAAUUUCACUCUCACUAAUCAUCACACUCACUCUCCUCUUCUUCUUCUUCAUCACAGCAACAAACCCCCCUUCGUCUCCCUCUUUCCAAACCACACCUCCUACAAUUCGUAGAUCACUCCUCACCAUCACAUCUUGCUCCUCCAACAAACCCCAAUCAAAUGGCAUCAUCAAUUACCACUGCAUUUUCCCUCAAAACCCUUACAUCUCAAUCACAUCACUCUCUCUCAUCCUCACCCUCCAUUUCUACAUCCUCAUCAACACAGCACAACACCAUUUCUCUAUCGUCACUACUAAACUCGCUUCUCACCUCAAUCUCUCCCCUAGUAUGGCCGCCGUUACUUUACUCGCUCUCGGUAACGGCUCUCCCGAUGUUUUCUCAUCUUUAGCCGCUCUUCGCGCCGGUCAAUACCGAACCGGCUUCGGCGCAAUACUCUCUGCUGGUGCUUUCGUCUCGGCUCUCGUUGUCGGCUUCGUCGCGAUCUACGCUGCUCCUUUUCCCGUUGAUCCGGCGCCGUUUGUUAGAGAUGUUUUGUUCUAUUUAACCGCUGCGAUGUUUCUUUUCUAUGUUUAUCUUAGUGCUGAGAUUUUUCUAUGGCAAGCCGUUGGAUUCGUUGCGUUCUAUAUCUUCUUCGUUGCUUUGGUGUUCUACAUGGAUUUGGGAGUGGCGAAUCGCAGGGAAAAGAGUUCUGCGGAUCUCGAGGGACAAAUUGAAUCGUAUAGCGAAGACAAAGCUUUGGGAUCUAUAGAAAAAGAGAAACACGCUUCUGGAUUCAGUGGAUCUUUUCGUUUGAUUUCUAAAGCAUGGGAGCUUCCUGUCUCAACUCUGUUAAGAUUGACAAUCCCUCAACCAGCACCGUCGCAAUGGAGCAGAUUUUAUGCAUCAGCCAAUAUUGCUCUUUGUCCACUUGCCCUCUUGUAUGCAUGCAACUCAUUCAUGGCUCUUGAUCAUCCCAUAGUUUUUCUUCUCCCUAAUACUCAUUUCCCUCUCUGGUCAGUAGUGCUCAUGGCAAGCUUCUCUCUUGCAUUUCUUCAUUUUGUAAUUGAAAAAGAGCCCCCAAAAGCAGAGCAUUUGCCUGUGGUGGUCAUGGCAUUUGUUAUGAGCGUCUUUUGGAUAUCCACCACAGCUGGAGAGCUGGUGAAUUGCCUCGAAGCUCUAGGUAUACUUCUCAAACUUCCACCAGCAUUCCUAGGUCUUACAGUUCUAGCAUGGGGGAAUUCGGUGGGGGAUCUUGUUGCUGAUGUUGCAGUUGCUAAAGCUGGUCAUCCAGCAAUGGCAAUGGCUGGAUGCUUUGCUGGACCGAUGUUUAACAUGCUUGUUGGUCUUGGAACUGCUUUGGUCAUACAGACGACUAAUAUAUAUCCUAGAGCUUAUGAACUUAAUUUCCACGUUGGUAUAGUGAUUGCAUUUGUAUUCCUGAUUUUAAGUCUCAUGGGGUCUCUCUUGGUAAUCACUUGGUCCCGAUUCCGAGUCCCCAAGUUUUGGGGAUUCUGUCUCGUAGGCCUCUAUAUUGCUUUUAUGGCAGCGAGUUCGUUGGUAGCCGUCUUUUCAGGUUGAUUGUUCAUAGAAACAUUUAGAUAGGUAUGUUCAAAAACCUGUUCUCUUGAACGAUAUUCAAAACCAAACUGGACCACUUCAAAAAUACCCAAGCCAUUUAUGAAGAAAACUGGCCUGUUCCGUUUUGUGCAAAAAUUCAGUUGUUGAUAAUCCAUUUGAUACCUGGUUUCUCCUCUUCUCUCAUUUCCCUCCCAGAUUCACAUACUCUUUCAGUACUCAAAUUUACAAAUCACGGCUAAAGAACUCUAACCCCAAUCUCCUAACUGGAAACAAAUUCUCUUUGACUUCUUGCUGUAAUUCCAUUAGAAAUCCAACUCAUUGCUUAUGAUCCAUUCACGCAGUCUCAUAUACUCGUGAUUUUGUUUAUUUGAGUUCGUUCUCAACUCAUUCAUUCAUGCUCUCAGCUCUUUGAUUGUGCUUUUUCUUGUGAUUUUAUUCAUUCACGUGAUUUUAUCUUCAUUCUCCGUCGAAGACAUAAGCUUUCUUCCCUUGAAGCUUGGUUCCAGACUGUGAAGCCUUUUUCUAUCAAAUUUCAGUUUGGUGUUCCACUCUCUAUGACUACGUGAAGGUCAUUUCCUGCAGUUAUUACUAUUUGAUGCUUACUAAAAGCGUCAAAUGGAAAAAAGAGAUGAAAAAGGAUUUCAAUUCAAGAAGGUCCAGGCAUCAGAUCGAACUCUUCUCAAUGAUGAAGAGUAGCACAGACAAGAAUUGCUGCAACCUGCAUGCACGUGAAAAGCACGAGGAAGAGCAAGAGAUCACUUUGUAUCACCAAAUGGAAAGUGGAACCGUAAGUGUACAGUGUAUUUGAAACCUGGUGAUUUGUUGCAAGCACAUCCCGGAAGCACUUAUUCUUUUUUCAACUAGUCAAAUGAUGCAAUUGAAACUUCAAGAACAGGUGGAGCAGUCCACCACAACUUGAACAAUACCAGAACUUCAGGAACAAAUUUCAUUUACCACGUCUAAUACGACAUUAGCUGAGAGCAUUUGGUUGUUUUUUUAUUGUUCCGUAUGUGCGGACUUGUUCAAAUGUUAAGGUCCUUUUGGGAGUUUAAGAGGGAGUGAGAGGAUUUUAGGAAAGAGAAAUUGAAGGAAUGAUAGUCCUCUCAACUUGAAUGGAUGGUUUAAUUUCAUCAUAACACAAAAUCCCACUAAAUUGGGGGAACCCAAAAUGUAUGGGAGUUGAAUUUUGAAAGAUGAGGUAAAUUCUUCAAAUCAUUUUCAUAUUAAUCAUAUGCAUCUUCUCAUUCUUUGCAAAAACGCUCUCUCAAAUAAGGUAGAAGAUUUCUCUCUUUCCCUCUCCCUAUCCUAUUUCCAGAGCUCUCCUCUCCAAACUCCCAAAUGGAACCUAAGCAUCCACAAUGGUGGGUGUUUCACUAUUUAGCAGAGUUAAAUAGAAACUUUCAAUGUACAGUGAAUUUUAGGUGUUUAUAGAAAAGGAUGACUAUUGAAGUAUUCUCUCUCUCUUCAUUUAUUGUAUGAUCUAAAUGUGGGGAGCUUCAUUGUUGAUAUACUUAGUUAUUUUUCUUAGGA